AAGAAUGACGCUGUGCUUUUGACAAUUUUGACAGUUGUUUGAUAACAUGUCGCUACGAUUUUGACGUUUUCAAACAGAAAUUGUUCUAAAUAAAAUAUGGAAAUCAAAGUAGUUGGUUCCUGAUUAUUUCUUUUCUUUGAUUUGAGUAAAUAUUAACAAAAACGGUUCCAAUAAUGUCUGACUCCUUGGAGGAACUUAGAGAAAGUUGUAAUAGUAGAGAUGAUAAGGUUAAACCCCAUGAAUAUCAUGGUCUAGAAAGUCAAAAUGGUGAAUUGGAUUUCAACACCAAGGCCAUUACUCACUUAGAACCACUCAUUGAAUUUGUUUAUGAUGAAUCAGAAAGUGGUCAAUAUAACGAUCAGGAAUAUACUCAGGUUUACAUUCAACAAUUUGAUGUGCCGAAUAGUAUUCAAGAUGUAUCGGGAGUUCCAACAAAUGAAGAUAAUUCAACUUUGAUACAGCCAUUAAUGCCAUUCUAUCUUACCACUUCUGACAUAACUGAAAUGGAUGAUAAUGAAGAUAAAAAUGAAAUUGAAACAAUAAUUCUUCAAGUAGACAAAGAAGAUGAAGACUCAGAAGUAAAAAGAGAUCUUAUGUCAGAAGAGGAAAGAGAUUGGAGGUUACAGUUUCUUCUUUGUUCGCCCAAAAAAGACUCUGCAUUAGAUAAAUUCACAUGUGAUGUGUGUUCUCAAAGUUAUGGUUGUUUUAAUUGUUUAAAAUCUCAUUACGAAACCAUGCAUCUGGGUUAUAAUUAUGUAUCCCAAUAUAGAUGUAAAAAUUCCAAGUUUACAACUAAGGGUCUGUGUUGUCCGGUUUGCGAACUUUUCUUUGAAAACAGAAAUGAUAUGAUAGAUCAUUAUAUUACUCAUGCAGUAGCUUGUGAUAUUUGUGGUUCUGGAUUUGACAGACAAAAACAUCUAACAGAGCACCGUAGGAAAGUGCACAAUAAAGGAGAUUUUGAUGUAUUGUACGAUUGUGAAAUAUGUAGAGUUAGCCAUCAGUAUCCAAGUGGUUUGACCAAACAUUACCAGAAAGUCCAUAAACUUAUUUUAUGUAUAGAAUGCAAAUCAAACUUCACAUCAGUGGAGGAUCUACAAGAACACGAGAAUACUCAUAGACAGAAAAUAGAUGUGUUACCAUAUGCCUGUAGUAAAUGUGACAGAGCAUUUGCUCAAAUUUCAGAAAUUGCUGUUCAUAUAAGGAUGGAUCAUACUCGUAAGAGGAAAGUAGAAAAGAAAAUUGAAAAGUGCGUUAAAUCUGUGUUUGUAAUUGGCCCAGUUAAUGAAAGUAUAAAUUUGGGGAAACGAAAAGUUAUUAGAGUGAAAAGACAUUAAUUAAUUUAAUUUUUAAUAGGAAAUUAGAAAAAUGCAAAAACUGAUCGACUAAAAUAUUUGAAUAAUUUUUUUUGUUGGGAAUGCAAAAAUGUGUUUAUGAAAUUAUGGUCAUUCUUAUUGUAUCUACAAAAAAAUAUUGUUCAUCAUUGUAGAUUCUUAUAACAAAUGGUCAGAAGUAUUGUGCUUGUUAUGAUAAAUAUUUCUUGUAAGAGUUGAUUUUUCUAAUUGGAUUAUUUAUUAUGUAUCAUUGAAAAAACUUGUUAAAUAGUAAAUUGACAAAUAUUAAAUUGAGGUAAUUUUUUAUUCCAACUACUGUUGUAGGAAAUACAGAGAUUUAGCACAAAACAUACAAAAGGAUUUUAAAAUAAAAUUUAAUAAAACAAUAAAAGGGUCUAUUUUCCUUUUUAUUUUUUCCUUUGGCCUCAAUCAAAGCUUGACAUCAUAUUUUGAAUUUCAGUAUGGUCUAUUCAUAAUUUAAAUGAAUCCAAGACAGCUCGUACCUACGAGCAUUGAGAUAGCCUUUUUAAUAAUCGUCAUGUCAAUGUGGUCCUUUAUAGGGAAUAGUACCGGUCAUAAGGGUAAAAAAUUACCCAUAAUUUAAUAUUUUUUCUUCCCGUUUUCUUUAUUAUAACUCCAUAUAAAAUUUUUGUUUACAAUUUUUGAUAAUACUUUUACUAGAAAGUUUUUUCUUCAACAUCAUUUUAUAGAGGGCGCUAAAGUUGAGACUGCGAAAGUGAUAGCCUCCCACUGCGCUAAGAUAAUCUCGAAUUUGGUAAAUAUGAAACAAAAAUAUCAAAAAACUUCUUAAUGAGGAAGGUAUCGUAAUUGAUCACCUUUGAUUUAAAAGUUGAAAAAAAAAAACAAAAUGGUUGUUAAAAAAAAUAUGUUAACUUUUUUCACUUUUUAUCUCGGCAAGUUUUUUUUCAGUUUUUUUACGAUUUUCUGAAAUUUCGGUAAAAUAUAACAAAUUAAAUAGAAUGCACAAAGAAUUGAAAAAAAACUUUCGUGGUUACAAAAAAAACGCGUGCGCGCUGAAACUAUUAUAACUUUCUUAUUACCUCGAAUUUUGCUUUGAAAUUUUAGGACAUGUUUUUUGAAAGUAAAAGGAUACGAAUAAUGUAAAAAAAUCAAUUUUUGUAAAUUACAACAGAUCCUUUAAUGGUCAUUCAUUACUGAUCAACCGCCAUACCCAACCUUCAUUGCAUUGCACAAACUUUUUGUUGUCUCUUCUGUAUACUGGGACACAUCAAUAAUGGCCGAAUAGGCAAAAUCUAGACUCAUCCGGGAAAAUUAUAUAAAAUCAACCUCCAGUCCAAAUAAACUCUAAAAAAUUGUUUUAGUGUUCUUGGAUGUACUGGAGGUUAACAGCAAUUUACUUGUAGACAUCUUAAUCUUACCCCCAUUGUAUCCUUGAAUAUUUCUUGUUGACAGUAAUACACAAAGUUUUAAAGAAGCAUCUAGGCAUAAUAAACCUUUGUCUUAGCGCCAAUGAUGAAAAAAUAGUCUUGAUUUGUAUCAGUAAUACAUCGUGACCUUUGGUGUCCUUCCUUCUCUUCAAACCUUCCUGAUUCUCUAAAAAUCGAAUAUUGUGUCACUUGUUCUUUAGAGAAGCAUUUUCCUAUCAAUAUAAUAGCCACAGCUCACUUUCUGGCAACAAAAUUGAGUCAAAAAAAACUUAGCUGUUAUUUUUUCAUUUUUAUUCGAAAGUGUACGUAAGCCGAGGAUAACUACAAAUAUUGUAUUUGUCAGUUCUGUUACAUUUUUCUAGUUUCCAAAUUAUAUAAUGUCAUAUCAUCGACUUAGAUUUUUGAUAAAAGUAGAUAGUAUUAUAUAAAAUAUUAUGGGCUGCAUGUUUUGAUAUUGUCUUAUUGAUACAAUAUUUCAAUUUGCAAUUAUGAUUUUCAUGAUGUACUAAAUAUUGUUUAGACAACAUGUGGUAUUUUCAUAGAUUUCACAUGUGGUAUCUGUAUAUUUCGUUAAUGCGUUUGUUGUUUUGAUUUGGUAUUUCUUAUGUUUAAUGAAGUAAUUCGUUCUGUCAAGUACUGGAUUUAUAGAGUUUUUCAAUUAUGUAACUUUUUUUAAAUAGUAAUUCAUCCUCCACUACUACAUUUAAUUAUUGAAAUUAUCUUUGUCGAUGGGAUGUAACAUACCUAAAUGUGGCUGUUGUAAAAAAUCAUUGGUGCUGAAAAGCUAAUUUUUCAUUUAGUUAGACAUUAUAAAUUGUGCCGAGACUAUUGCAGCAGAACACAUCAUGACAAAAAGAUUUCUAUUCUGAUGAGUGUUUUGGGUCAUUUAGGACUUGCCUCCACCAAUGUUCAGAGCAAACUGAUCACAGAAAUGAUGAAUUACAUUUUUACAGAAAUAAUAAAUUUUUCAAGUCUCUUUAUUAGUGUCAAUUUUUGCAUUUUAAUGCUUUAGACCACCCUAGAGACCAAAAAAAAUAGGCUUUUUGAAGCUUUUUUUUCAGAAAUACUACAGAAUAAAUCGAGAUAACAGAAACAUGAUUUUAUUCUACAUAUCAGUGACUGUUUACAGUAAUUUUUUUUGAAGGUAUUUAUCUCAAAAUGGCUACUGUGAAGCUCCUGUAAUUUUUUAAAUCGUAAUGAGCCAAGGAACUUUUUUGAUUAUCUAUAAUAACUGCUAUAGAAGUGUGUAGGAUUUUUGCGAUGUAUUGAUUUUUGGCCAAAUGGUACACUUCUAAAAAAGUGAAAACCAAAAAAAACGUCAGAUAAUUGUGAAUAACAAGUUGACUCAUAGAAAAAAAAUGAGAUGUCACAGAAGUAUUGAGUCUAAACUCAUCAAAGACUAGUCAGGACAUAAAAAUUUUUUUCCAUUUAAAAUGAAAAAAUAAAAAUCGGUUUUUCCAAAAUUCCAGGAGGGCCUAAGGCGUUAAAUAAUAUGUGUAUUUUGUAUAUAUUAAAUAUUUGUUCUAAUUUAUGUUAGAAUAUAUGUGAAAAAUGUGAAUUAUCACCACUAUUAUGAUUUUUACAGCAUGAAGGCCAAGCUUAAAAUGUACAAAUGUUUGUUAUUAUAGUUUGAGAUGUAUGAAUUGUUUUAAAUACAAAUUUAUAUGGAAUAAAAUGUUUAUAUAAA